AAACACAAAUAGCAAACUCUUCCGUCCUUCAUAUUCACGAGCUUACUUAAUUAUGGCUGCUUUUAAGCAUUUCUUCUUGUUAUCUUUGCUUGUAGCACUAUUGUCAAGUUUUGAUAUGAGUCUUGCAUCUCGCCAUCUUUUGGACACUCCAGCGGCACCACCUCCAUUAUUGCCGAAAAUUCCACCACUGCCGACGGCCACAUUGCCGCCAUUGCCAUCAAUUCCAACAUUACCUAAAGCUACACUUCCACCUCUACCUUCAACUCCAUUGCCAACUCAGCCAACUCAGCCAACUCUUCCAAAACCAACGUUGCCUCCUUUGCCAAAUCCAACUGUCCCAAAACUAACUCUCCCUCCAUUGCCUUCAACUCCUCUCCCUACCAUUCCCAGUACAAUCCCUUCAAUUCCUUUCCUCUCUCCACCACCAUCAAACUAAAAUAUUGGCUAUUCUUUAACGUGCCAUAACUCAAUUAGUCAUUGGUAUUUUGUAUCAUGAUACAUCAUUCACAUUGAGUGUGUUUGCAGUAUUAUUCGUUAUUAUUAUUACUAUGUUUCUGAAUGUUAUAUUGAAUCGAUUUUGUGUGGUAGUGGCUUGUAUUUUGUUUGUAUGAUGAAUGAAUAUAUUCAGACUUUUGGUUGUUUUAAUCAUA